ACAAAGAAUGGAAGAAAAAUGGUCCCUCCCUCCCUCCCGUUCGAGCAGUUCGCUGGGGCAACCCCAAGGGCUUCGGCGGAAUGCUGCUGCACAGGAUGAGUUUCCUCGCAUCCUCCAUUCCCUCCGUCUUCUUCGUCCUGUCCUCCGCCUCCUUGCGCCGUAGCCGCCCCAAAGGAUCUCCAUCUCUUCUCCUGCACUCCCCCUUCUCCUCGUCGUCGUUGCCCUCGUCCUGGAGAUAUCUGGAUUUUCUUCCCCCGAAUCCAUUUGGCUCCAAGGUUCCAUUUUUAUGGCUCUCUGAUACGUUACGAUGGUCAAAGAGGUGCACGACUGGGGACGAAAAUGGUGCGUCCGGGGUGAUGCGGAGAAGGGUGGAAUUGGAGGCCCAGAUUUACGAGUUCAUGCGCAAGGCUGGGAAUCUCGACGCUUUCCCGACUAGGGAGGAGCUGAUUGCAGCGGGAAGGUCGGAUCUCGUCGAAGCGAUCUCCUUCCACGGUGGUUGGCUCGCCUUUGGGUGGCGUCACAGCGAGUAUGUGCCCAUCGAGGUCCAAGAAGUAAUUUUUGAUGGUUCAUGGGAGAACGACGCCGUUGGGGAUAGUGUUCUUGAGUCUGAAGAGGAACUUUCUGUGUCUUCUUCUUCAGGAAGAUUGACGGAAAUAGAGAGUGCUGCGACUGGCGGAGGGAUUGAAGGAAUGUUGAGGAGGCUGGAAACACUAAGAAUUUUGUCUUUAGCAGAUUUCAAAGAGAUUGGAAGGGCAUCAUCCAGAGAUGACAAACAUGUCUUAGACAGAGCUGGUCAUAUGGUUCCUUCUGAUUCUGUGAAUAACAAGGCACUAGAUUGCAACGUCUUAGAUAAAGAUACAAAGAAUCAGGAGUAUAAGCAUUCUCAAAAUUCAGCAGAAAUGAGUAAACUCAAAAUUGAUUCAGAAUUUGGCAAUAGUGAGAUAGGCGUGCGCUUUAAGCAGUUAGAGUCAGAUCUUGCCUCAACACUGAAGUUACUUAGGUCCAGAAUUAAUGUUUCUUUUCAGGAGGGCCAACAAAGUUCAAUGGAUGAAAUGCAUAAGCUCUCUGAUGCUUUGGAAUAUCAAGAGACAGAUAUUAUUAAUGCACGAGAUAAGCUGAGGUCCAUUAGGGCAAGGAUGGCAGUACUCGAAGGAAAGAUGACACUUGAGAUUAUAUCAACAUUUUACAGAGAAUCAAAGAAAUUGGUGGGUGAGAAACAGAAAAAACUUGAUUCAGCUCAAAUUACUCUAAGCCUACUUCGCUCUGUCUGCAUAAUUUGGUCAAAUUCCGCUUCAGAGGUUUUACUAGUCGGCUCAUUUGAUGGAUGGACUAAUCAGAGAAGGAUGGAAUCAUCAAGUUCUGGCAUCUUUUCUCUGUAUCUGAAACUAUAUCCUGGUAGUUAUGAGAUUAAGUUCAUUGUUGAUGGGGUAUGGAAGGUCGACCCACUCCGGCCCAUUACUCGCAACGACGACGGAAAUGAGAAUAACCUUCUGAUCAUCACCUGAUACAUGUGCAAGGUAUGCUACGUUGCAGCCGUUAUUCUGCCUUAUCACCUCGGAACAAAAUCUUAUUGGAUUCUCCUCCCUUUUUCACAUGUUGCAUGUAUAUGCUUGUAGAUAACGAAUAGAAUCGAGCCUGCUGCAGUCAAACCAGAAAAUAGAGAAGUACAUUAAGAAAUAAAUUUUAAAUUUAAGUUUGUUGAGAUCUAUAUUUGUUAUAUGUUAUUUAAAGUUUCCAGAGGUUUCUGAGAAUUUUAGUCUUUGAUUAAGAUUAUUUUCAUCUUAGGAUUUUGAAACUAUUUGAAUAUUUAUUUAGGUGAUGUUAAGAUAUUAUUUCUAGAGC